AUGCUACCGGACAAUAUUAUCUUCUUUAAAAUUUUAAUUUACACAUGUAAUUUCAUUUCUAAUCCUUUAAAACAUCAAGAAAUUACUGAUAAGGCCAAAUACAAUAAAACAUACAAAAAAUUGUAUCUUGCUAAAAGUAAAGAAUAG